GGAACUGAGUGAGAAUUUGCGUUGGUGGAUAGCAAAUCAUGACAUUGCUGCGAUUCUUAAAACCUUUAAUAAAUGGGAACAUGUAGUUAAUCUUUUCAAGACUCCACCAGAUGAACUUUUGGUUGAAACGGGAAAACAUGUCUCAGUUCCAGCUUUAUGGCGUUCUCUAAAUUAA